AUGACAUACUCGCAUUCUUCCUGGCCAAAGGCAUCGACGAGUAUCUUUGCGGCCGACGAGCAAGUCGCGGGCGGGAUGACGACGGCGAUCCGUCGGACCCAUGCAGGCGUGGGUACGAAGAGACAGUGCUGGAACGUCGUCGACGUGAUCGAGCUUGCGCUCGUCAGGGCCACUGCGACCAAUGCCGGCAAGCCCAUUGCAGCUGUCGUGUGCCGCUAUCUAGCUGUUGUGUUCCGGCGGACGCGCGUGAGCCGAGACGAGCCACCAGGCAAGGCGGAGGUGAAGGCGAAGGAGCACGCUAGGCAAGGACGUUGUUACUCUUGCUCAAGCCCGGCUCGACACAAGCGACCAAUCAAAGACAAACAGACGAUGAGAGAGGUCAUCUCCAUCCACGUCGGACAGGCAGGCUGUCAGCUCGGCAACGCAUGCUGGGAGCUCUACUGCGAGGAACAUCACCUCUCUCCUGACGGCCGCCUCAAGGAGACCUCAACCAAGUCUGACGAAGGCUUCUCCACCUUUUUCUCAGAGACUGGCAACGGCAAAUAUGUCCCUCGCGCGGUCUAUGUCGAUCUCGAGCCCAACGUGAUCGAUGAAGUCCGAAACGGCGCCUACAAGGGCCUCUUCCACCCAGAGACCCUCGUCAACGGCAAGGAGGAUGCCGCGAACAACUACGCGCGCGGCCACUACACCGUCGGCAAGGAACUGAUCGACACCGUCCUCGACCGUCUCCGCAAGCUCGCCGAUGCCUGCUCCGGUCUCCAGGGAUUCUUCGUCUUCCAUUCGUUCGGAGGUGGCACGGGCUCAGGCUUCGGCGCCCUCUUGCUCGAGAAGCUCUCGACAGACUAUGGCAAGAAGUCCAAGCUCGAAUUCGCCAUCUACCCUUCCCCUCGCAUGUCGUCGAGCGUCGUCGAGCCUUACAACACCGUCCUGACGACCCACACGACGCUCGAGCACGUCGACUGCUCCUUCAUGGUCGACAAUGAGGCCAUCUAUGACAUCGCCCGCUCAAAGCUCGGCGUCGUCUCGCCCGGUCACACCAACCUCAACCGCCUGAUUGCCCAGGUUGUCAGCUCGAUCACUGCCUCCCUUCGCUUCGAUGGCUCCCUCAACGUCGAUCUCAAUGAAUUUCAGACCAACUUGGUGCCCUUCCCCCGCAUCCACUUUCCCCUGGCAACCUACUCGCCCAUCAUCGGCGCCUCCAAGGCCAUGCACGAGCAGAACUCGACAGCGGAGAUGGUCAACUCGUGUUUCGAUCCCAACAACCAGAUGGUCAAGUGCGAUCCUCGCAACGGCAAGUACAUGGCCUGCGCCCUACUCUUCCGAGGCGAUGUCGUUCCCAAGGACGUCAAUGCCGCUGUCGCGUCCAUCAAGACCAAGCGAACCAUCUCCUUUGUCGACUGGUGCCCCACCGGCUUCAAGCUGGGCAUCUGCAACGAGCCUCCCUGCCAAGUCCCCGGCGGUGAUCUCGCCAAGGUCUCACGCUCGCUCUGCAUGCUGUCCAACACGACCGCUAUCGCCUCGGCCUGGUCCAACAUCACCAAGAAGUUCGAUCUGCUUUACUCGAAGCGUGCCUUUGUGCACUGGUACGUUGGUGAAGGCAUGGAGGAAGGCGAGUUCAGUGAAGCUCGCGAAGAUCUCGCCGCUCUCGAACGUGAUUACCAGGAGGUCGUGGCUGACGACGAGGUGCCUGAAGGCGAAUACUAG